UUGGUGCGCCGUGACGUAAGAGGUCGGAGGGGAGGGGAGAGGUUGAAGGUCACGGCGUGCGGCGUGAGUGAGUGAGUGGAGCCGGUUCGGGCUGUGGGAGAGGGUUCGGUACCGAGGCAAGAGAGGGACCGGCGGAGCUCACGGAAUCCGGGACGGGCGACGGGCGACGGGCGACGAGCAAACGGCAGCCAUGUCGUACUGCAGGCAGGAAGGGAAAGACAAGAUCAUAUUCGUCACCAAAGAGGACCACGAGGCCCCCAGCAACGCCGAGCUGAUAGCGGACGACCCCAACGACCCCUACGAAGACCAGGGACUCAUCCUGCCCAGCGGAGAGAUCAACUGGAACUGCCCCUGCCUGGGAGGCAUGGCCAGCGGGCCCUGCGGGGAGCAGUUCAAGUCCGCCUUCUCCUGCUUCCACUACAGCACGGAGGAGGUGAAGGGCUCGGACUGCGUGGAGCAGUUCCGCGGGAUGCAAGAGUGCAUGCAGAGAUACCCUGAGCUCUACCCGCAGGAGGACGAGGAGGAGGAGAAGCAGGGUGGGGACUCGGGUGUGCCCGCCCCCGCCCCCGGAGACACACCCACCACAGAGAGCUCCGCCUCCAGCUAAUAGGCCACACCCCCUGGGCUUUUCCACAACAACAGGAGGGAGCAGCUUGCGGUCUUAAACUUCGCGAAGGGAAGCUGCCACUGGCUGCACACAGCAGUGCCCCGACUCCACAAGAAGGAGACUCCUUCACUUUCCGUACGGCAGGAUUAUCUCUUCAAGUCCCUGCUUUGUCUGAGUUUUCAUCCUGGUGGUGUGAAUAAGUGUAUUCCUAGAGCUUGCCCUAAAUAAUCAUGUUUAGAUGCCUGAGUCUUUGUGGAGGUCUCUUUCCCCCCCAAUUGCCUCCCAGUCACAGGGGAACUAACGUGCCUGCCACCCUCUGUUGGACUUCCUCCUGUAUUCUGACUUUUAAUUUCAGGAUUCAGAUCGCAGAUGAUCUGUCACUAUACGUGUAUGUAUGAUGGAGCUGUGAGCGUCUCUGGGCCCAAGGUUCAAGGGGUUUAAUUUCUGCGGCUAAAAUUUUAAUAGUUAUAAAUCCUCCCACCCUGCUUACGUGAACCCGAAGCUGAAUGUGUUGUGGUGUUUCAGAGCUGGAGUGGCUUGACUGGCAGGGUGCUGGGAGGUGGGAGGCCAGCCCUGGCUGACCGCAUCGGUACUGAAGCUUGGGGUGGGAUGAUAGAGGGUCUCCCAGCUUUGGGGCAUCCAGGUGGUCUGUACCCGGAGUCCGGUUCGCCCAGUGCUCGUCACCGGUCCAGCGCAGGGUCCGGGUCGCUGGCCUGGUCAAGGGUGUGCCCAGCGGUCUGCUGCGAGGAGACGUAGCUCUCCAGAGCGUUGCUAUGGGGAUAAGCGAAGCACUCGUCCAGACUGCUGCUUCCUCUAGAUCAGUGCUGCCCGGUCCUGCUCUCCAGAGCUCACAGCCACUGUCUCCACGUUUAUUUCUGAGCUCUCUUGUCAAUUGAGUGCUUGUUUGUACUAAUUAUUAAGAAGACCUUUUUUUUUUUUUAGAUGCAGCUGGAUAUCAGGUUUUGUUAAAAAAGCCCAGUGUGUGUCGAUCAGUCUCUGUUCCUUUUCUUCAUUCACCAGAAUUCUGCAUUUAAAUAGGACCAACAGUUCAGUUUACAGCGAUCAACAAAGACUCGCUACCCGCUGGAAGAGGUUCAGAACGAAGGAUCCCGAGUGGGUCAGGAGUGUGUAACAAGCAGCCCAGUCCUGUUAUGAAGGAAUCAGUACGCUUUUAACUAGCCAGACAGGCCGGAAUAGUCUCAUCUCUAAACUUUCCUAAGUUAUGAAUUGACAACUACAAAAGGUUGUGAUGAGAAACCAGUACCCUUUCUUUGAUCCUCUGCAAGGCCACCGGGACUGCGGCUACUGAAAGCUCAGGGGGGGCUCGACUCUGCUGGUCUCGGAAUCGCUCCACAGCGAGGGGCUGUGCUGUGUCCGGCAGCUGGAAUGAUGCAUUUCUGCUGGACACGAGUGCAGCUGUGGCUGACCGCUGCUCUACUGUUCCCUUUUUCCUGGAGGAAGACUUCCACGUUUUAAAAUAAUUCACGUUUUGAGAAGAGGAAAGUGCUUUAAAACCUCUUUGAACACCCGAAGCCUCUUGUGCUUGUGUGUCUCUUUUCCUUCUGUUGCUUUCAGGUGGGCAGCUCCAGUCCUCCAGAGCAGAGCUCUCGGUUUCGUUCUCCAGCUCUGAUCUGAAUUAAAAUUGAUAUCAUCUUUGAAUAAACUGUUACACCACCUGUGCUUGCAGGUUUUAGUGUUGCUGAAACUUUCAGUGUUUCAUCCCUCGUGCACAGACUCGAACAAGCAUCUCCAGCCCCAGUCCGGUUUUUAAAUACCUGUGGCUCAUCGAUCAGUUAAGCGAGGAGUUUGUAAAAGAGAACUCUGAUCCCUGAGGUGUCGAACAUAUUUUGUUCCUAAUUUAAUUAAUUGCAAAUUGUUCCCAUUAAUUACAGAUUGUUUUAAAGUAAUAUUUAUCUAUUCCCGAUCAAACCUGCUGGAUUGAGACACUUCCAGAGCAGGACAGGGCAGUGAUUUAGAUUAGAAAGCUUAAUUACUUAAUUGAAACUUUAAUCACGCUAAUAAUGUGCUUGAUUGAAAAACAAUAUAUUUUUUUUCCUACUCAAAAAAACUACUGAAAGUCCUCCUGGACUCUUGAUUGUCUAUUAACCUCACAAGUCGGCUGCUUCUAAGCUCAGUGAUCUUUAGCUGCGCUUUUGUCAAUGAGAACAGAAGAAUAAUGAAAUAAUGAAUGACCAGGGCUGGCUAAGGGCCCUACAGUCGUGCACCGUGGAAUUUCACAGGCAGCCGAAUUCCAGCUGAUGCAAGGGACCAGGAGUCCGAAGUCGAGGUCUGAGGCACUGGGGCUCGGCUCGGAUGAUCCCGAUUCUCUUUCAGGAAGAAAAGCUGUUUUCGGUUUGGCAGUGAAGGGAGUGGGCUCUCGAGAGCUGUAGGCCGUUGUGCCAGUUCUGCCGAUGACAGAAAAAAACAAUGAUCUUUAAGUAGGAUAUCUCAGUGCUUUUUUCUGUGGAAGAGAUUUUGAGUUCCUGGAGUUUGGCCUCGACUUCUUCCCCAAUUCUGGGUCGUGGAGUUUUGUCACCGGCUACCAGAGCCAGUCUGUGCCAGGAGGGUACUGUCCUGAGCUGUUUCGCUUUGAACAGGAGCGAUGUGCAUUUGUUUUAAUGUUGGAAAGUGGCCUGGGCUUCUUGGCAUGUACUGUAUAAGGGGAAGAAUGCACUCUCUGUCCUGGGAAAUCCCAGUGUUCGCAGUACAGGUCUCCAGUAUGAAGGCAAGAGUGUGCAUUGAGUCUCCCAAAGCCUCCCUGGAGCUCAAUUAAAGCUCUUUUUACCUCU